CAGGCAUGGCUUUGGUCAAACCGUGACUAUUUACUUGGGGAAACUGAGGGUCCAGCUUGUGAUCCAUACAUGUUGAUAUUGGAAGCUGUAUACAGUAUUGUCACAAGUGAAAAGGCUCAUGGCUGGUACAAGCAUAGUGAAUACAUUGCAUAG